CCUUCAAUAGCCUGCCGCGUCUUCUGACGCACACGAAGAAGACGAGUUGUUGUUAGUGGAGAAAUGGCGUCUAUGAGCGGAAUGUUUCCUGGUCAGCAGCCUCCUGGACCUCAUGCAUCUACAGGCCAGCCAGGGCUCCUCACAGGUCCUCCCGGUAAUAGAGGGACAAACAACACAUUAGUAGAUGAACUGGAAGCUUCUUUCGAGGCGUGUUUUGCAUCUCUUGUCAGUCAAGAUUAUGUGAAUGGAACAGACCAGGAAGAAAUUAGGACUGGGGUGGAUCAGUGUAUACAGAAGUUUCUGGAUGUAGCCAGACAGACUGAAUGUUUCUUCCUUCAGAAAAGACUGCAGCUGUCUGUACAGAAACCAGAUCAGGUGGAAAAAGAGAAUGAACACAAGCACACAUUUUUAAUUUUCCAACUACCCACAAAUAAAGAACACGCCAAAAGGACAUUAUAA